AUAUAAGUACUUAUAUAGAACCGAAAUAUAUUCCCUUUUAUUACUUAAAGUUUGUUUAUUCUCUCGUUGCCACUUGUAACGAUUAGUUUUGGAUUUUUUUCGCUAUUCGUUUGGUGUAUUUUAUUGGAACAAAACAUUAACAGUUCCCGGAGAAAUUAAGGUGCAAAUAUGUUCUUCAAAAAGGAUUAUCAUGUCAGCAAAUUGGAGGAGCAAGUAUGGAAAAGUGAAAUGGAACGACAGGAAUUGGAACACAAAUUCGAGCUAUUAAUGCGGGAACGUCAUAAAUGUGAAAAAUCAGCAAUUAAGGCAAUCAAAUUGCGAUAUGAACAAUUUUUGGAAGAAGAUCGUCAACGAAUGGAACGGAAUAACAAUUUGUUACGAAUGCUGGAACGAAUCGACUAUCAGGCAGCAACAUUGGCAGCGAAGACUGAACGCUUGAAAUUGCUAAAGGCACAACACGAAUUAUAUUUGAUGAGAAAUUGGAAUACACAGCGAGCGAUAUUGCCGUCAUUUGAAUCACCAAUGCCGAUAAUACAGCCAGCGACAGAGAAUUUGCCAAUAAAUUUUACACAACACCUAAUACCCUCACAACAUCAUCUACUAUUACAGCAGCAGCAGCAACAACAACAACAACAGCAGCAGCAGCACCACCAUAACACAUCAGGCACAUUGUUAUCAUCUUCAGCAUUACCAGCACAACAGUCUAUUUGUUAUCCACCCUUUAAAAUACCACCGCAGAAGGGUGAUACUAAUGAGAAAUCAGAUUUUCUAAAGUACCUCUCACAAAUAAACCAAUUUCGUCACAUCUAUGACAAGAAUGGUAUGUCUGAUAGUACUUAUCAAUCGGAUUUGAGCGUAAAGGGUAUAGAAGAUCCACCUCCAACCGAACAUCCAUUCAACCGAAUCAGUAACGUAUCUCAAAUGCCUCCGUAUCCAAAUGCCUACUAUCAAGAUCAAAUAACUGCUAUUGACAGUCGGUUUUACGGUACCAAUAAAUUCAUACCGCCAUCCCAUCCUAUCGAGCAUCGGAAUUCCGAAAUUUAUGAUUACCUCCAACAACAUCAAUAUCAACCGAAACAGCAACAACAAAAAAACGAUACGAUUAAUAAUCGAACCGAAUUUACGGAGGCCAUAAAACCAAAAUUAACAAACGAUGAAAUCAUAAAAACUACCCGACAUCAUGCCACCGCCACCACCAACGUUGCCCCUACCACUUCCAGUUACAAAAAUUCGGCCACAACCAAUGAUUUUCUGGUAAAUAAUUCAUCCAACACACAACCGGAUAUAAAUAACACCGCAGUUUCAAUUUCAAACACGUCCGCUAAUGCUAGUGCAAUAAAUACGAAUGGUGUUAUUAAAGCCAUUCAUCAAAAUAAGGACGAAAAUUAUGUUCCACCAGUGAGAUUCCAACUGAACGACAAUGAUGCUUUCAAUGCUGAUGAUGGUGAAAAUAUUUCCGGUGUUGCAUAUUCGAAUGCCAUCGGUUAUGUUAAUCGAAUGUCAAAGAUAGAAAGUCCAAUACGGCAAACAUCCAAUGAAAAUGCCAGAAACAAUCCAAUGGCAAUUGAUGCCGUCGAAGGGAUGAAAGAAGCAGAAAACGAACAUGAAAAAUUGACUCAACAACAGACGAAAAAUUAUGAGUUCAAUGACGUCAGACCAGAUAUCGAUAAAAUCGAAGAGGUUAUUUAUGGCGAGAAAAUAAAUUAUCUGGAAAUUGAAGAGCCAAUACAACAACAGCAGCAGCAACAACACCAUUCAGCUGAAGAAUUUAAUAAACCUAAACACAUCAUGCCAUCAUCAACUGUGGCACGAAACGAUGAGAAUGUCGACAUUGCUGAAAGUAGAGUCGUAAAAGGUAUGCAACAACUGAACAUUGAUGCAUCCGAAAAUGAUGUAAGGAAUUCGAUGGAAGCUACAUCGCUUAAUGAAAAUAUGACACCGACUCGACCGGAUGGUGACGUCCAUUUGCCAGAUUGUCCGGCUGACCUUCGCAUGACCGCUUCGAAUGUAUAUGAAUCUCCGGCUAAUGCACGAAUGCAGCCUAAUGACGACGUUAAUAAAUUCGAUCCCAUUUACUACGGAGAGACCGAGACAAAUUUCCCAUCGGGUCAAGACAUUAAUAAUCCAACGUACACCGAAGAAGCAAACUACGAAAACCAAUCGAGUAAUGCAAUUCAUUACCAGCAACCUCAACCGCAAAAUAUUGACCAUGAAAGUAUGUCGAAAGUUUAUCAAAGUCAAGAAGUUAAUUAUGGACUGCCAGUAGCUGAUACGGAAGACGUUAGUCACGCAACAUCUUUUCAACCAAUGCAGCAAGGAUACCAGCAAACAACAACACCAACACCGCAACAACAACAACAGCAAUUGCCAGGAAAUUACGACAAUACGUUUAACCAUGAAAAUCAAUACACUCAUGGAACGCAGCCGUAUGCUGGCACCGAACCACAACAAGAGUAUCAGGAUAAUGAGUAUAGCGAAUACAGUAAUCAACCCGAACAAACAGUGGACUACAAUCAAUCAGAAUAUUACUCAACGGAACAACAGUUAAACGAGAAUGGGAAUUCAUCAUAUCCUGCGGUUGAUAAUGAGAACGGUAAUUAUGAUAAGCAACAGUACCAACAAGUUAACAAUGUUUCUGAAGAGGGCAUCUUUCAAGUGCCGUAUUACGGAGGAGAGGGCAAUGUUCACGAUGAUGCGAAUACAAAUAUGGUUUACGGUGGUGAAGCGGCGGAUAAUCAACAGUAUCAGGAUCAAACCUAUGACAACCAAAACCAACAUUAUCAACAACAGAAUUUGGAGCAGUAUACACCCGAUGGGCAAUCGGAGAGAUAUGCCGAUGGUCAGGAAUAUCAAGAACAGCAGCAGCAGGAGCAACAACAACAACAACCACAACAGCAACAUAUAGAAAAUGUUGAUCAAAAUUACGAUGCUAUGUACCAACAAUUUACACAAGACCCGAAUUACAACCAAGGCGAAUAUGAAUAUCCGCAAGAAUCUCAUCCACCCACCGAACAAUAUUCAAGUAAUGCGUAUUACAGUGAACAGCCGGGCGAAAACUACUAUUCCGAUGUUAACCAGAUGCCAGCAAAUACCUUAAACCUAUCUUCCAAUAACGUUCAAAAUUCGUACAUGAAAUCGGAUGCGGUUAAUGAAAUCACCCAACCGCCGACAUUAACAAAUGUUCCCGUUAAACAUGCCAACGACUCACAAUACGAAAAUAAAUAUGCACCAGAUGGGGGCGAAGAAAGUUCUUCAACCACUUAUUCGGAGAAUGUAAAUAUACCGCAGCAGAUUUUCAACGGCGCUGUGGAAAAUAUGCUUCCUGUGGGCGGUGAAGGAAAUAUUAUUGGCAAUGCGGAAAGUCGAGUGAAUGUGCCACCAAAUUAUUUAGAAAGUGAAACGGAUGAAAGUUCGGCGGCUCAACAAGUUAAAGAAAUGGUAAACGAUGAAAGUGAUUUUGAUUUUUCGGCAAAUUAAAAUAUGAAAAAUUCAAAAAAAAAAAGAAAACGAAAAGAAGAAUGAAACGAACGAAAAUUUUGAUUGCCGAGCUAAUAUUAAAUCGAAUGAAAAAUUUAAUUUUAUGCUUCACACGUUCACACCAGAGGGUGGAAAGGUAUUUAUUUUUGAUUGUGACCCGUACGCAGUAUCAAGUCUCACGAAUUUGUCAAGUUGCAAGGGAAUGGUGAGUCCGUCUAAUGAUUCUUGCUUAUUAAUGACACAAUCAAAAUAUCGGCGCAGGUAAUCAGUCUCUACAUGAAAAGUAAUUGCCACCAGUCACUGGCAAUAGUACUUUACAUGUAAAAACAAAUUACCUGCCGAGCAGAGCUUUCGAAAGUUUUCAGCUUCUUUUCGAUUAAAUUGGAAUAGUGGAAUACAGAAGAUGCUUAAAGCUCUCGAAAGCUCUUAAAAAGCAAAGCUCUCGAAAGCUCUUCAAAAGCAUCGACACAAAUACAAUUCGGUGUAUCGGCUCCACAUGGCAGUACAAAAGAGAGAGCAAUUUUCGGAAUUCCCUGACCUGCCUGUCAAGAAUAACUCAUUAUUAAAGAGUAUAUUUGGGUCAAUCCUCGCUGAGUUAGUUCUGGGCCAGCCUUUAACGUUAAAUAUAACACAAUUGAGAACAGUGUAACGAGUGUUUGCAGUAUAUAAGUGCACCUCCAUUUAAUACGGUUACAUACUGGUCUUACGCCAAAAUGAUCCGAGUUUGGUCGUUUAAAAAAUAAUUGGUUCAAAGUGAAGCAUAUCUAUUGAUUGUGUAGUUAGAAGCACAGGCUCUUAACUUAAAGCUCGAGGCAAGUUGGGAUACAUUCGUUGCGCAACCAAAUAUAGUUCCGCGAAUAUAAUUCCACUCCGGGUAAUUUUUCUAUAAAAUAAAGUCAACUACGACACGUUACAAUGUUCUACCAUAGCCUAUUUUAGGAAUUAAAUUCCAUACAAUUCUUGAAAAUCCUUAAAUCGAAG